GCCCACCCUCGCCUCGCUCUGGCUUGACACUCCAUUGAAGAAGAUGCAGAUCUUCGUGAAAACCCUAACAGGGAAGACUAUAACCCUUGAGGUUGAAUCCAGCGAUACAAUCGACAAUGUAAAGGCUAAGAUUCAGGAUAAGGAAGGCAUCCCUCCGGACCAGCAGCGUUUGAUAUUUGCUGGUAAGCAGCUUGAAGAUGGACGUACGCUAGCAGAUUAUAAUAUCCAAAAAGAGUCCACUCUGCACCUUGUUCUGAGGCUUCGCGGUGGGAUUAUUGAACCUUCUCUUAUGGCUUUGGCCCGGAAAUACAACCAGGAAAAGAUGAUUUGCCGCAAGUGCUAUGCGCGUUUGCACCCUCGUGCUGUCAAUUGCAGGAAAAAGAAGUGUGGCCAUAGCAACCAGUUGAGGCCAAAGAAGAAGAUCAAGUAAACAGGUGUUUGCAUUUUUGCAGUCAAGACACU